AUGGCGCCCUUCCUCCUCGUCCUGCUCGCCGUUCCCCUCCCCGCGCCGCCCAGCCUCGGAGCAGGCUACGGGGAGGGCGCGGGAACCAUCGGCAUCACCAAGAUCCUCGCCGGCUUCCCGGAGUUCAGCAACUUCAGCGCCAUGCUCACCGAGACCAACGUCGCGCUCGGCAUCAACAGCCGCGACAAGGUCACCGUGCUCGCGCCCAACAACACUGCCGUCGCCGCGGCGUUCUGUGCCCUGCCCAAAAUCCCGCGCUCGUUCCUGGCGGACCUCCUCGCGCUCCACGUCGUGCUCGACUACAUCGACGAGCCCAGGCUGGGCGCGUGGGCCAAGGCUCCGUGGUCACCACGCUGCUGCAGGGCAUGCGCGCCGUUCCGCGGGGCACCGGCUUCCUCCGCGUCUACUCCGGGCGCGACGGGCGCGCCACGAUCUCCUCCGCCGCUCCCGCGGGGCUCCGGAACGCCACCGUCGAGAGGGUGGUCGCCGCGCAGCCGUACAGCCUGGCCGUGCUGCAGGUGA